AUGCUGCAAUUGGCGCGGCGGACGGCCAUGGCCGAGAGGCAGGUCGUUCGGCGGGCGCUGCGCAAGAAGGCCAAGGACGUCGAGGGCAAGGGCAGGAAGAAGGAGCAGACGCGGGAGAAGGCGAGGACCAUGAUCCAGAUCAAGGCCGACCUGCAGACUGCGCGGGAGACCAGGCGGCAGGACUGGGAGAUGGGCCCGCUCGCGCCGCGCCGAGACAUACCCAAGCUGAACGAGAGCAGCCGGACAUACUACGGCUCCGUUGCCAUGGAGCGUUCCACGGUGAAGGGCGUGCUGUCGAAGGAGGAGCUCGAUGCAAGGACUGCCUGGGCAGGCGGUAUCAAGUUCCUCAAUCUUGCCAUUGGCGACAGAGUCGUGGUCAUAGAAGGCCCCUACAAAGGCAGGAUAGCCCCCAUCAAGAGGAUUGUCAAGGACUCUGCUCAGGUCCUUUUGGACGACACUGCUAUAAUGUCAAAUAUCACUGUCCCUCCGUUCCUCCGGAAGGUUGACUCCGCUACUAAAGCCGUACAGCUCGCCGAGGCACCAGUCCCCAUCUCCGCCGUCCGGCUCGUACACCCCGUCAAGGACGAAACAACCGGCGAGACCCGCGACGUGAUCAUCAAGGAGCUCGUGCACGGCUCCUUCUAUUUCGACCGCCAGACCAAGCGAUCGAGCUGGGCCCGCAUUGUUCCCGGUCUGAACAUUAGGAUUCCAUGGCCCAAGGUCGCGCCGAAGGAGCACGAGGACCACCCCGUGGACACGCUCCGCAUCGACGUGGAGGAGAAGACGUUCGUCCCGACCCUCCUGCGGCCCCCGGUCCCUCGGGGCGUCAUCGACGAGUUGCGCAACCGGUACAGCAUCUUCCGGACGCGGCACGAGCCAGAGUACAUUGCGCGCAAGGAGGCGGAGGCGGCAGAGAAGCAGGCGCGCAAGGACCUGGCCAAGACCAUGAACACGCCUCUCAAGGAGUUCAACAAGAAGCAGCGCGAGCUGCGCAAGGCUCUGGGCCAGCCGGUGCUGACGGAGGAGAUGCUCGAGAAGAUCGGCCAGGUGAUUGCCAAGAACAAAGAGAACGCACUGGAGGCGUCUGGCGUGGCUGCCGUGGAGAGCGGGCUCCCUGGUGCGGAGGCCCUGGAGGAGGAGAUUUUCCACACGGAGGCUCCAGAAGCAUUCGAGACUGAGGCGGAGACCAAACCACCCACCUCCUCAUAG